CUUUACAGGAAAUGAACCUGAACUACAACGACGUGAGUAAACUGCCGAGUUCGCUGAGCAACUUGUGCAAGCUAACGAGCCUGUACCUCUGCCACAACCGCCUCGCCGAACUGCCUGAACUCAACCUUCCCAGCCUUAGGGAGCUACACCUCGCCAACAACUGCCUUAAGGAGCUGAGCAGCGAAGUGCUGGGGGGCCUGCGGGGGCUGCGGGUGCUGGACCUGCGGGAAAACAAGCUGGACGAGCUGCCUGACGACAUCACCCUCCUGCAGAUGCUCGAGCGUCUCGACCUCGCCAACAACACACUUUCCAGCGUUCCCUGUCACCUCGGACUGCUGCCGCACCUGCGCUCCAUGCCGCUGGAGGGCAACCCGCUGCGUCUGCUGCGCCGUGACAUCGUGCAGCGCGGCACACGACAGCUCCUGCAGCACCUCAGGGACAAGCUGCCCAAUCCUGCCUCCUCCUACCCUGGUUUCGGCGAGGACAGCUGCCACCCUGACGGCGGCACCUUCAAGGAGGCGGCCGAGGAGCGUCUGCCCAAACUGCCUGACAAGUGGCAACUGCGUAACACCAGGCAGCUCGUGUACAGCGAGAAGGCCGCCAGCGUGCCCGAGGAGCUGCUGCAGAGCGCCGUGGAGGCCGAGGUGCCCGCCGUAGACCUGUCGGGGAACACGCUCGCUGCGCUGCCAGAUAAGCUGGCAGAGCUGUCAGGGCACGUGAAAGAGCUGGUAGUGUCGUGUAACCACCUCACGUGCCUACCCUCCUACCUGGCCACCUUCACGCAUCUCGUGUUCCUCGACGUGCACGCCAACAGACUGGAUGCGCUGCCUGACCUCAGCGCCCUCAAGUUCCUCAGGGAGCUCAACAUGACGCACAACAGGUUUACGUCGCUGCCCGAGUGCCUGCGUGGGUCCCAAAGCCUUGAAAUUCUCUUUGCAGGGGACAACCGCAUCACUGAGGUUGACGUGAGUCUGGUCGCAAGUUGGCCGCGCAUCGCCACAUUCCACAUCAACAACAACAACAUCGGCUACCUCCCACCAACCCUCGGCAACGUCACUCAGAUCAGGAGUCUGCUGGUGGAGGGUAACCCCUUCCGCGUGCCGCGCGCCGCUAUCAUCGCUAAGGGCACCAACGAAAUAAUGAGCUACCUGCGCUCCAGGGUCGUGCCUGGCGCUGAGUGACGUGGCACUGAUUAACGGGCCACUGAGUGACGUGGCACUGAUUGACGUGCCACUGAUUGACGUGUCGCCAGCUGUGCCAUCCUCGUGCUUGCUGUUCAAGCGCCAGCGAAGCCUCGCAUUUUUCUCUUCUGACGCAGCGUUGAUUCUUACUUUCUGAAGUCGAAGAUCGCAAUGCGUGACAUCUCUUGUAUUAUAGACAAUUUUCGGGAACAUUGCCAAAGUUGAUUGCAUUUAAUAGCAAUAAAUUAAAUUGAGUAUGCCCAAAGUAUGGCUAUGUUCAGAAAAUUGUACUGAAUAUAGCCCUCACUCCUUCCACGUUGCUCAUUUCUUAGCAUCCUCGGAUAGCUUCAGAAGACAUGAAAUUGAAUUUGUUUUGUUUGAAAGGCCACGAGCUCAUCAACACAGCAGCGAGUCCAUAGACUUCUUUAAUAAGUGAUAAUAUGAAUACCUGCAGUUGUUACUCCAGUUGUCGACGUAUCGAUUUUAAUUAGUAACAUUCUGUUAUAGUAAUUGCGUCAUUCUUCCCUGCCGUUUAUUAACUUAUUUCCUAGACUCACGUAGCAACUAACAAAAGCGCCGCUUUCGCAUCUAAAGUCGGCGCCGCUGCUGCAUUUCAGUGCAGUUAAUUUUAGUUAGUAUGUUUGCAGUUGUUUACCCACUAAUUCCUGUACACAACACGAGUGUUACGUACGUGCAUUUUAUAUCAUCUAGCUUUCUCAUCACUAACUAACGUUUUGCUCAAUGAGUCAGAUGAUUGUCUGUAAAGAUCCUACACGUUUAUUACAUAAUGUGUUUCGGUUCCUUUUUUACACUCGCUCUAUUAAUUCUAUUCUUGCCGUUGGUGGUAGAGCAAAAACGCUUCGGCGAGCUCCCGACCUCAUCUCCUCUAAUAAUGUUUCGUUCGUAAAAUUCAACUCUAGGAACUCGUCCACUAUGUGAACGAGUCAUGAACUUCUUGUGUUUUUUUUUUGGUUCAGUUGAACUUAUUAUUGAUCGAAACAUUUCUUAUGUACAUUAUUAAUCUCAAGGCUUGGAAAUUCCCUACAUUGGAAUUCAGUUAUGUUUCCAGAAAAUAGCGGUAACGAGAAAAAAAAAGCAAUCCGAAGAUAUGAGGUGUACCUUAAGUGUGUGUGACUCAAUGGUAGCAGAUAAUCACCUGCGUGUUUUUUUUUUUUUUUUUUUUUGUUUUCCUUUGCUGCAUUUACAGUGUAUUUUACAUGAUCCGCCUUACUAGCACUGCGCUGUCUCGAUACAAACGUGCGAACGCGAGAGCGAUCAAACGCCUUUGUGAACACAUUAUCUCCACCUUGUGGCACGUUCUGUGAGAAAGUGUCAUCGCGAUGGUUCGUUCUUGUAGCAACAUAAACGUACCAGUAACCAGGCGGCAUGAAAGCUGUGAUCGGAAGUUCUGUGUUGCCAAUAAGGCUUGUGUUGCAGUAGAGGCGCUAUAGUUGAGGCGGCGAAAAGCUAGCGUUGUCUGUGAUAAAUUCGUAAUUAGUAGCUAGUGAUCUCAUAAUAGUUAAAAUCUUGCAUGCCUUACUUCAUCAUCUGUUAAGAUAUAACAACCAUUCCAUUUUGUUAGAUUGAACCAAUUCAGUGGAAAUUGUAUAUUUUCUGUUUCAUCGUGAAAUUUCACAGUCAUCCUCUCACAGGAGUGUACACAUCGCUCUAUUCUGUCUUCUAACAUUAACAAAAAAAAUUGCAAAAGUAAAAAAAUUACUAACUGAG